AGGGCGGAAAAACGGGAGCGCAGUUCUGUUCGUCAAGCAGCACCAAGCUCUCUGAGGAGUAAGAGUAAAACGGUAAAUAAGCGGUCCCGUGUUCCGCCCAAUGGACCGCAACAGUGCUGGGUAUGUGCAGGACGUGGACACAUAGCAAAUCAAUGCUUCUUCAAGGGUAAAGCAUACUGCAAUUUGUGUUCACGGCCGGGGCACUUACCCAAGGCGUGUCGGAUGAGGAAAUUCCCGACCAGGUUCUCCCGCCAGGUACACUGGUGUGCGGAGCAAGAUGAUUCCGAUGAUGAGGGAAAUCAAGAAGUAACGAUUAGCAAUGUGCAGACAGCGAGAUGCCGGAAUCAUGUAGAGAAUUCCUCGCAAAGAAACAGGACCGAUACAGGGCACACGGGAAGGCUCGAAGAACCUUUGAUUAUUAGUAAUAGAGUUACCUCAAAAGCACGUGUGAGUAUAGAACCAGCCAUAAUGCUUCCCAUCAUAGUGAAUGGACGUACCGUUGAUUUCGAGUUGGAUACCGGUGCCUCUGUAUCAAUAAUUGACGAGGCGACGUGGUCGAUGAUAGGAAAACCAGAAAUGAGACCGACCAAGCUAGAAGCGACGGCUUACAAUAAUAGCCCUAUCAGUUUUGAGGGUCGGUGUACAGUGGAGUUACAAUUUAAGGGACGUGUGAUAACAAUGGAAGUGUAUGUGUUACGCACAGCUAGCCACCCAUUGUGUGGCAGAGAUAUGAUCAGGGGACUACAAAUAGAUUGUGGACCUCAUGUAAGAAGUGUGGAAGGCAAGAGGCCCUACACUAAAGAGCAGUUACGGGAAAAAAUGAAGAAUUUAUUAGAAGAGAACCAGGUAUUAUUUCAAAAAGGACUAGGGAAAUGUACGACGGCAAAGGUGUCACUGAAGUUGAAACAAGGAUUAGAAAAGCCUAAGUUUUGCAGAGUAAGACCAGUUCCUCUGGCAUUGAGGCCGAAGGUGGAGGCUAAGUUACAGGAGCUGGUAGAGAAUGGUACUUUGACUAGGGUGGAACAUUCGGAAUGGGCUACACCCUUAGUGGUAGUACCUAAGCCAGGAGGAAAAAUAAGGUUGUGCGGAGAUUAUAAGGUGACGGUAAACCCGCAGCUGGACAUCAACCAGUAUCCGCUCCCGAAGCCCGAUGACUUUCGUGUGGUGAUCCCGAAGAAGUUCCGCAGGAAGGUACUAGAAGUGCUACACCAUAGCCAUUAUGGAAGGAAUCGCAUGACUGCGUUGGCUAGGAGGAAAGUGUGGUACCUGGGAAUUGAUAAAGAUAUACAGAGGGUGGCACAGUCGUGUGCUAUUUGCGCUACCUUCGGGAAUGAAAUGAGAAAAACACCAUUGCAUCCCUGGGAAACGCCUGCGGGGGUCUGGCAAAGGUUACAUUUGGAUUUUGCGGAAACCAGUGACGGGAAGCGAUGGCUAGUAAUAGUGGAUGCAAAAUCAAAGUGGCCCGAAGUCGUGAAAAUGGGGGCAACCACGGUAGAAAAAACAAUAGAAAAGUUAAAGGAUAUUUUCAGUAUCCAUGGGUUGCCAGAGCAGAUAGUGGUGGAUAACGGGCCACAGUUUAUAGCGAGAGAAUUUAAAGAAUACUGUAUUAGGAGGAAUAUAGAGUUAAUUUUCAUUCCGCCUUACCAUCAUAAUUCUAAUGGAGAGGCGGAAAGAUUUGUGCAAACAUUUAAGAAAGGAUAUUAUAAAGGAAAGAAAUCGGGCAAAACGGAUAGAAGCGGCAGUGAGAGAUUUAUUAUU